AUGCCUGGCGACCAAAUCCGGCUCCUUACUCUCGAUAGCGGCGGCGUCCGUGGCCUGUCCUCGCUCAUUAUCCUCCAGCAGCUCAUGGCCACCGUCGACCCCGAGUCGCCGCCCAAGCCUUGCGACUACUUCGAUAUGAUCGGCGGCACCAGUACAGGCGGCCUGAUUGCGAUCAUGCUAGGCCGGCUGCAGAUGACCGUCAACGAGUGCAUCGAUGCAUACACUUCCCUGUCUAAUAAGGUCUUCGAGAAGAAGAGGCAUCGGUCACGAUAA